AUGCUAGCUGUUUUAGAACAAAAACAAGGAAUGGAAAACAAUGUGGAGAAUAUCUCGGAUUCAGAGUUCAACAUCUUUGAAUCUCUUCAACGCUAUCCAGCAACAACAGAUGCUAUGGAUGAUUCCGAGGAUAUGUUGAUUUACAGUGCUUUGCGUGAGGCGGCGAACUCCGGGUCGAGUGCACCCGACGAGGUUGAUUUAAAAACGGUUCCUGGAGCUGUUGGGAACUCUUUUCAGGUGGAGGCGGCGGCGGUACGGCCGGGGGGGAUGCUUUUUAAAGGGGUGAGAAGAAGGCCGUGGGGAAAGUAUGCGGCGGAGAUCAGCAACCCCACGUAUUACAGGUUCAAACUUAGUAACCCAUAUGAAGAUGAUUAUAAUACAAAUAAAUAA